GCUCUUCCCAGUUUCGAAUUAUCAAUUUGUUUAUGGGGAAGCUGUCUCGUGUUUGCAUUCUGUAUUUAAUUUUGUGAAGUAUAAUUCGGUAAUAUAGUGUGCAUCUCAUUUGUAUUUAAAUUUUGAAAAUUUCUACUGAUUCUGAUUAGAAAUAUAGUCACAUUAAAAAAAGAAAACUAUUGCUAUUUAAUAAUUACAUUUAUCAUGCCGGUAAAAGAUCGUAUUGCGACAAUUAAACGUCAUCUUUCGGGAAGCCAAGUAGAAAAUGAAAUAUCUGAAGAUUCAAAACGCACUAUUCCAAAACGAAGGCAAGAAUUGUUGAAAUGGAAUGGUUGGGGCUACAAGGAUUCACGAUUUCAUCUAAAUAAUAAAGUAAACCAAGUUGCAUUUUCUGGUGACAGGUAUCCUAUAGGCAAUAAAAUUUUGCCUAAUUUCAAAUCAUGGGUUGAAAAUACAUUUGCCAUCGACUUAUUAAAAGUACAUUUCCCUGCUCAGGCAGAAAUAAAAGAUGAAGAUAUACCAAAGCCAAUUAUUAAUGACAAAUUUAUGGAAGAUUUUAAACAGCUUGGAAUAGAUUAUUCUGUGGACUCUCAGGAUCGUCUUUUCAGAGCUCAUGGUCAUACUAUGAGAGAAAUUUUUAUUUUAAGAGAAAGUGUUUUUGAAAGAGUACCAGAUAUAGUAAUUUGGCCUAGAUGCCAUGAUGAUGUCUUAAAUAUUGUUCAGUGUGCCACUGAGCACAAUGUCGCAAUAAUACCUUUUGGUGGUGGAACCAGUGUAUCUGGUGGUGUUGAGUGUCCAGCUCAUGAAAAAAGAAUGAUAAUUUCGCUUGAUACAUCUCAAAUGAAUAGAAUUUUAUGGGUAAACAAAGAUAAUAAUACAGCUCUGGUGGAAGCUGGUAUUAUUGGACAAGAUUUAGAACGAGAACUAGCAAAAUUUGGCCUGUGUACAGGACAUGAACCAGAUUCAUAUGAAUUUAGUUCCCUUGGUGGCUGGGUUGCAACUAGAGCUUCAGGUAUGAAAAAGAAUAUAUAUGGUAACAUAGAGGACAUGCUGGUACAUGUGAGAAUGGUUACUCCCAGUGGAGAAGUGCAGAAAAAUUGCCAAGUGCCUAGAAUAUCUAGUGGUCCUGAUAUUCACCAAUUUAUUCUUGGAUCUGAAGGUACUCUAGGUGUUGUUACUGAAGUAAUUAUCCGAGUGCGUCCUAUUCCAGCAUGUGUGAAGUAUGGAUCCAUUGUUUUUCCAUCUUUUGAACCAGGUGUUGCCUUUCUUAGAGAAGUUGUACGCCAGCAACUGAAACCUGCAUCCAUUAGACUUAUGGACAAUGAGCAAUUCACAUUUGGUCAUGCCUUAAAACCAGAGUCAACAUCAUUGGUUGCUUCAGUUAUGGAUUAUCUUAAAAAGUUCUAUGUAACUCAAAUUAAAGGAUUUGAUAUUCAUAAAAUGUGUGUUGUCACUCUACUCAUGGAAGGAACUAAAGAGGAUGUUGAUGCUUUGGAAAGGCGCAUCAUUAGUAUUGCUGCUAAAUUUGGUGGUCUUGCUGCUGGAGAAGACAAUGGAAAAAGAGGCUAUAUGCUUACAUUUGUUAUAGCUUAUAUUCGAGAUCUUGGUUUGGAGUAUGGUGUAGUAUCAGAAUCCUUUGAGACAUCGGUACCAUGGGAUCGAGUUACUGAUUUGUGUAGAAAUGUAAAAGAUAGAAUACACAGAGAAGUGCACAGCCACGGAAUACAGUAUCCAGCAUUUGCUUCUUGUCGUGUUACACAAUCCUAUGAUGUUGGUGCAUGUGUGUAUUUUUAUUUUGCAUUUGGUUACAUAGGAGUUUCAGAUCCAGUUCAUACAUAUGAAAGUAUAGAGACUGCUGCACGAGAUGAAAUUAUUGCUAGUGGAGGUAGUAUUUCUCAUCAUCAUGGAGUUGGGAAAUUAAGAAAACGGUGGCUUCCACAGACAAUAUCCAAUACCGGUGUCCAAAUGCUGAAGGCCGUUAAAGAUAGUGUUGACCCUCUUAAUAUUUUUGCUAAUGGCAAUUUGUUUGUUACUGAUUGAUUUUAUUUUAAGAUUAAUAUAAUACUGAACAAAGAUUAUGAAGCAUUAUUGCUCAAUUUCGUUUUUCUUUUCAUUUUUAAAUUUUAUAUCAGAACAUUGUUUUUAAAUAUCAUGUUUUAUACUUGACAAAACUAACAUUUCAAGAAGGAUGUGAUAUGUAUGAUGUGGUAAGACUGCAUUCCUUAUAAUAAUAAUGUAUGAACUUUUAUUGUAUUUGAAGAGCCUUAUGUAGCACCAAGAUGUUUAAAUGUCAGUAUGCAACUUUUUAUAGUACCUUUGAUUGCUUGUUAAUGGACAAUAAAUAGUAUAACAUAGUUAAUGUAUAAGAAAAAGUACCAAGAGGAAUAUAAUAAAUGCAUCUCAAAAAUAUGUACAUUAUAUUUAAGUAAAGUGAUAAUUUCAGAACAGCAUCUAAAAAAAUUAUUUUAAUUUCCUGACAGUUUGGACAAUUUAUAGGUAUUGAUUUUUCUGAAGUUUGUUUAAUUAUAUGUAUUAAAUCUGUAAAGUUUUAUCUGUAGAAGAAAUGGCAAAAAUUAUGCAAUAACCAUUCCCAAAUGAAGUGUAGGAUAUUUUCUGUGGAAAGGACUUUAUAACUGGUGAUGGAUAUGGUGCUUUCUUGGUAGUAUCUGAAACUUGUGCAUUGCAAAUCAGGCAAUUUGCCAACAUUUAAAAUUUGUACUUUGCAGGUCAGGCAAUUAAGUUUGCCAGUUUGGGCAAUUAAGUGCAAAGGCCACUUUAUUAAAGGAGUACCUUGGCUAUAUUUAAUAUUGAACCUUUAUUUAUUUUACUUUAUGGUUGUCUUUCACUUCCAGAAUUUGGAAGCUCUGAUUUCAUUUAUUUACUCUAAAUUAAAAAUACUGAAUGGAGGGUUUUUAAUAUCCUUCUUCUGGCUGCAGGUUCUUAAAAUUUUAAUGUAGUUAUCAUUUAUCAUGUCAUUAUCUCUUCAUUUGCAUUAAAUCAUUAACUCACAAUAUAAAGAAAAAUACUGCUUAAUGUAUAUGUAUUCAAUUUGUAGAUGCUUAAUGUUUAACAAGUACUUCUUCAUUUUAACACUGCCUUGUAUAUUAGUGCCAAGACUUCUCAUUUGCACUGUAUAAAUAUUUUGAGAAAUUAAUUAAAAGCAGAAAUGUUAUAUUAGUUUAUGUAAAAGUAAACUAAUACCAAAAAUCAAUAUGAGAGGAUAAAUGAAAACCUACUGUAAUAAGAAGAAAGAGCAGAAUUUAGCAUUUCCCUUUGUACUAAUCAGUUUGAAAUAUUCAAAAUAGCAUUUAUAAAUAUGAUAUAUACUAGUUAUACUGUUACCUUAAAAUUUUUUCCUUGUUAAACAUUAUGUGCAAUGGUUAUUUCAAUAAUUUUAAAUCUCUGUAUUCUGUAUAACUAUGUUAAAAAAGAUAUUGCUUGAUUUAGUCAUACUUAUGUUGAAAAGUACCAGAUUUCCUCAUAUAUUCUUCUCCUAGCUGCUUUAGCUUCUGAAAUUUUAAGAAUAUUUGCAUCAUUUUCCUCUUCCUCUGUUCCACAUAGUUUUUCCUCCUGAGGAUUAAUUUUUUGUUAAAUUGUAUUCCCUUGAUUUUUUAAGUGUAUUCAAUUUGUAUUUACAUUUUUGUUUUAACAUUUCAUCCACUUUAUUUUCUCAUGUUUUUUGAAAUGCACUUUGUGCAGAUGCUUCAUUAAUCUACACAUCCGUGGCAAGUGUUCUCAGAUAUAAAAUACUUUCGAGACAUGAUUUCAUUUUAAUUUUGUUAUUUAUGUUUCAGUUUUUAUGUGAAUUUAGACAUGAAAAAUAACUCCUGCCAUUUUUAUGCCUUUCUAGACCUGUCCAAAUAAGAAUAGUUUUUUGUUUUUACAGUAUUUUGCCAAAAUACUUUCUUCAUUCUGUAAGAAAUAUUUUAUAAUUGCUUAAAGACUUUCAAGAAGCAUUCUUUCUAAGUAGAGGGGGUAAUUUUAUAUAAUUAAUAUAAGUAACAUAAUUCUAUUCUAUAUUUGCUUUUUGUAUUUUCUUGAAAUAAAAGCUAGAAAUAUUUUCAUGUUAUAAGUAACUAACUAUGUUUUUAAAGAAUUGAAUUUGUUCCGUACUGAUUAAUUUUCUCUUCAGUAUUUCCUGAAGAGUAAUUUCAGUACCAAAAGAUGAUAUCUUUAUCAAUAAACCUCUUAAGUAAAUGAAAUAAAACAAUUUUGACAACUCUGAUCAUUCUAAAAUUUUGUUUCACUCAAAGCAGAAGGUAUUAAAAAGGAUCCUUUCUGAUAUCUUAAGCAAAAAAUAACAUUUGGAAUGCAAUAACAUUUUGUUUGUGUUGUAAGUGUACUUUGAUAGCAGAGCUUAUUAAGAUAUUAUUUCAAAAAUUGAAGAAAUUAACUAUUAAAAUAAAUUCUAAUAAGCAUUUGAGGUUAAAAUAACAUGCUGAAUAACGAUUAUUGGAGAAGUUAUGCAAGGAGAAUCAACAUAAGUAACGUUUGUAAAUCGAGAAUCAACGUUUGUAAAUUUUGCGGGACUAGUUUCUAUGGUUCUGUAUUUAUGUAUCUGUUUUGUAUGUAUGUAUAUUAUGUAUGCACAUUCUUGUUGUUUAACUUCUUCAAUAAUAAGCAUUUGAGGGCAAUAAAUUUGGUAGCAAUUUUUUUUUUAAUUGCUCUUUUAAUACUCAUGAGUAAUUGUCACUUGAAUAUGUAAUAAUAGUAAUUUAAAAGUUUUGAAAAAUAUUUAGAAAAUGUUUUUCAUAAUGGGUUAUUUAUUUUUGUAAUAUUAUUUUAAAAAGAUAUUUAUUCAGAAUAUAACUGUUGUAUUUAUUUUAUUUUAUAACAUGUGCAGUUUAUAACAUGUUUUGAUUUUCUUCGUACCAUGUCUAUUGUAUAAAAGUAGUUUUUAACCUUUUUUUGCCCCAUGCACUUCUUUCACCAUUUCCAUAUUUGAAUAAAUUUAGAUUAUUUUGUCAUGUGUUUUAUAAAUUAAACAAGAAAAGUACAGAAAAUAUUGAUAAAUACCAAAACUUGUGUAAAAGUAGCUUUUUAAAUUCAUAAACUGUAACCAAAUCUUUAACAGGUAAAUAAAAGGCUGACUGCAGUCUUCCUAGUCAGGAAUUCCCGGUGUAAGACAUUGCUUCAAUAACUUGCUAAAUAAAUUUUUCAUAUAUAGAA